UUUCCUGCGAAGAUCCAUUCGUGCCUGACGCCCUAUAGAAGUCUGUGGGAUGGGAUAUGAAUUUCAGAGUUGGCACCACUGAAAAGAACUCGUCCAUUCAGCCAUUCAGUCAUUCAAUUCAGUCAAUUUUAUAGGCAUCAUUUCAUGCAGUCAUCAACUCUCAAUUCUCAUUGUGUAGACGUGUAGUUUCUAGAAACUAUAGUUUCUGUUGUCCAGUGUCCAAGUUGUUGUAUUUCUUAAUUCGUGUUAAAGACUGAAUAGGUGUUAGAUAUGUCAUCAUUUCAUCAAAGAGCCUUAUUAAAACGAUCACUGAAGAAUAAUAUUUAUAGUAAGAAGAUAGAACCAAAUGGACCAUUUGAAAUCGAAAAACUUAUUCAUUUUUUACGUCGGUAUUUUCAGGACAAUAAUAUUUACUUUUAUGAAGCGACACGUUUUCAAAAUGCCAUAAAAAAUAUACGGUUGACAUUUGAUGUUGGUGAUGGUGAUAGAUUAUCAAAAAUUGAAGGAAUUGAUUUUUACGAGUCGGUGAGAUCCAACAGCGGCAUCGUCACGGGUAAUAACCUAACCAUGGGUGAGUUUUUUUCAUGUCUAACCUAAUCUGUUAGUAUUGUC